UAAGAGUUCGUCCCCUCUUCCAUAGGUUUUGUUCAUAGCCCUCUGCAGAGGUUUUUCGAAUCAAUUCGUACAGGAAAAAGCAAAUUAUAAACAAAAAAUGACUUCUCUGGGGACUUCGAAGGAAAUUUUGGAGAUUGCAAAGUUCGCAGUUUACGUGAGUGUCCCAAUUGGCCUCAUGUAUUUCUUUGCCAAUAACACCGGGAAUCUGCAGAAAGUCAUCAACAAUCGUCAGUAUGUUGUAUACCCACCUGAAGCACCACGGCCUCCGUCACCCGAGGAAAUGAGGGAGAUGGCAAGGGAAUUAGCUCGCAAGAGAGAGAGACAGUAAUUUUAUCAUUGGGUCAUAAGUAACGCAUGUAGCUUUGAGAUGUAAUUGCUGUGGCCUUGAAAAACUUGAAAGUGCAUGUUUUGUACUUAGUAAUAGAAGUAGAUAGGACUAAAUAGUAUAAUCAAUAAAUUUUAGCUUAGUUUCUUUCUUACUGUCCAUUACUAUCCAAUCACCUCUACUAAACAUUCCAGAAGUGUACAGUGACAACCAUGUUAUCUGUACAUCUUUUUUGUGAGUAAUGAUAUAAUGUUAUGUUUCUUUUA